GAUUUGAGAUGUUGACAAGCUGCUUGUCAAGGUGGAUGGGCCUCAGCCAAAUAUGGCUUCUGAACUAUGCCAGACCAUCUCUGUGGCCAAGUUGGAAAGACACAAAAAUCUCUUCUUAAAUUAUCGAAACUUAAACCAUUUUCCUCUGGAGCUGCUGAAGGAUGAAGGGCUUCAAUAUCUUGAGAGGCUUUACAUGAAGAGGAACUCGUUAACUUCACUGCCAGAAAAUCUUGCCCAGAAGCUUCCCAACCUUGUUGAAUUGUAUCUGCACUCAAAUAACAUUUUCUUUUUCCCAGAAGCCAUUGGUUCUCUGGUAAAGCUGCAGUCCUUGGACUUGAGUGACAAUGCUCUGGAAAUCCUGUGCCCUGACAUUGGGAGGCUCAAAUCACUGCGCCAUUUACGACUGACCAACAACCGACUGAAGUUCCUCCCACCAGAAAUUGGAAAGCUGAAAGAACUGCAGACUUUAGACCUCUCCACAAAUCACCUUGUCUCUUUACCGGAGAAGUUGCACUUGUGCCAGUCACUGCAGUACCUGACUGUAGAUAGGAACUUCCUGUGCAGCAUUCCACGCCACCUGUGCCAGCUAGCCAGUCUUAAUGAGCUUUCCAUGGCUGGCAACCGGCUGGCAUCUCUGCCUUUGGAUUUGGGAAGAUCUCGAGAGCUGCAAUACGUGUAUGUGGAUAAUAAUAUUCAGCUGAAGGGUCUUCCUUCCUAUCUCUACAAUAAAGUGAUUGGUUGUAGCGGCUGUGGCUCUCCCGUUCCCAUAUCCGAAACAAAGCUGCUUUCCUUCACCUCUGGACCACUCAGCGUCCAUCUGCCAGCAGAGGUGAAGGCCAUUGGAUUGCCAUGUGAUUCAGUCUUGCCUCUACAGGAGCUGGCACUGCGUUCUCUUCAUGCUGCACUCUGUUCUUUCUUGCCAGAUUUAAGUUGUCUGUCACACAUCUCAUUACCCAGAAGUCUUCUGGAACUGUUGCAGUGCCCCCUAGGACACUGUCAUCGCUGCAGUCAGUCAAUGUUUACCAUAGUCUAUCCAAAGCUCUUUCCUCUGAGGGAGACCCCUAUGGCAGGACUUCAUCAAGGGAGAACGGCUGUCAGUUUUGUGGCUUACUGCUGCUCCACCCAAUGUCUGCAGACAUUUGACCUACUGAGUUGAUACAUAUUUAUUUCACCACUAAUCUCUGACUGUCCCAUCUUCUGCUGUCCUUUCACUGUACAAACAUCAGAAGGAACCAGGACCUCCUGUAUUUGGAAAUAGACCUCAACCUUGUCAACAACAUCUAGCCACUCUUACAUGUUACUGUCCUUCCCACAGGCUUCUCCAAAAAGACAACAUUUUUCUACUUCUGUGUUUACAGAUGAUUCAUGAAUACCACAGGGAGAUGGAAGCUCCUUCCAAAAUACUUAUGAAUGAAGAGAUUCAACAGUCCUGUCCUUGAUUCUCAAUAUGUGUAUAUAGUUGUAAGGAGGGUGAAAUGAGGAGAUGUUAUAGUGUUCAGAACACAGGGGUAUGUGUAUGGGUUAACCAUGG